AUGUUACAGCGAUUUUACGGCUAUCUCAAAGGCGCCGACGAGUAUAUUCAUGGGAUACGUGUCGAAUUGACACAACUACGAGACGAUAUACAAGACGUUGCCGUCGCAGCUGAGCCGUUGGAUAACAGUAUGGCGGCUGUGAUGAAGAGCGCGAGCCAGGGCGAGGAGUAA